AUGAACUGCCUUUUGAUGAUUGCCACAAUCUGCGCUCUGUUCGUACAACUAGGAGCAGCCUUUACGACACUGCAACCACCACCUCAAUCACCAUCCUCCAUGCGAACAGCACUAUCACAACCACAACGACGACAUUCUAGCAGCACGGCACUCUCGGUGUAUUUUCAAAAGGGCGCUCGCAGCAACAAUAAUCGUGGAAAAGAAAAAUCCAAACGCCAAUACCGCGUCAAUCAAUUGGUCCAAUCCGAAUUGGGCAAGAUCAUUCACACUGGAAUCAUCAAGGGCGAUUGCGAGUAUUUGGACGACGACUUGCGAAAACGCAUUUCCAUUGUCAAUGUGGACGUCUCUCCCGAUUUGCGACAAGCCCGGGUGACCACCUCGAUUCGAAACGCGUCGAGCGACAGCAGCAGCAAUAAUGCCAUGGACAAGCGACGAGCCUAUUCCUGGUUGGUCCAAAAUACCUACGCCUUGCGUCAUACCUUGGCACAGAAAAUGUCGCACAUGAAGUCGUCACCUUCCUUGACCUUUGUGCAAGUGGAUGUAGCGGCAGCUGUUGAUGUCAUGUACUUGAUUGAAAAGGUAUCAUCAGGAUAUGGAAGAGAAAAGGUUGGAGAAUUUGGAGGGGAUGACAAUUCUCUGCCGAGAGGGUUCAUUGAUGAUAUGGACUUUGAUGAAGAGCUCGAGGAUCAUGAAUGGGAUGACGAAGAUGAUGAUUUCUUUGAUCUAGAAGAGGGAGAUGGAGAGGAUUAA